AUGGCCGAGGUAUGCAUGGAAAACUAUGACCCCGAGUUCACCAAACUCACUAGGCUAGGUGAUGUGCUGGUGGCCGGUUUCAACUUUAGGUGUGGAAGUCUCCGGAACAUCUUUAGUCGCAACAGCAUCAACAACGGAUUGGUCUCUCUCAGACUCCCUCGCUUGGUAGAGCGGCUACAUGAGUCGUUCAAGGACGCUGCGGAGCGGCCUCUGGCUCGCCGCACGGGCUGCAAGCUUCUGUGGGAUGUCCGCCGCUCCAAGGCUGUGAUCACGGAGAAGGAUGGUACCAUCUGGGAGCAGAAGGUUAGCGAGCUGCCUCCCAAUGUGCAAGAGAUUAUCAGCGUCAAAGGUCUGGAGAACUGGGUCAAGUCUAAGAUCCAGGCUUAA